AGGCUUGUAGAAGCUCAACUUUAAAGUUUGGUCAGGUGAAGAUCUUGACGCCUUCAAGGUUUCCAAACUUACUGGAGGUAGAUGAGAAAGGGGAUGUGAUAAAUGUAGUGGAGACUGAGGAGAUUCUGAGUGUAGUGGAAGAGAUAAUGGAGGAAGGUGUUGAUACAGAAAGGGUAAUAGAAGAAAAUAAGGAGAAAGAGAAAGAAGAUAUUGAUGCAGAGCGAAAGGAAAAUGACUGUGAGAUGCAGAAGGAAGAGAAUAAAUUUGAAGAAAAUCAGAAUCAGGGUAUUGCGGGGAUUCAGAUUACUCAGGAGAACUGGCCUGAUUUGGCAAGUGCUUCUAAGAUCAGACCUUCUCUACCUAGAAGAUCAAAAACGUUGCAUCGAGCGGUUCAAGUUCCAGAAUCGUUUGGAAAUAUGGGGAAACGCAGUAAAAACUCAUCUCAAUGACAUGUUUUUUCUGGAACGUUCGGGGGUUUAACAAGCAAUCAAAGCAUCGAGUGGUAAAUAAGUGGAUUCAAGACAAAGGGUUACAAUUUGGAGCAUUGUUGGAAACAAGAGUAAAAGAGAGGAAAUCAACACAAAUGAUCUCAUCGGUAUUUCAAGGUUGGUCAGCUGUAAAUAACUAUGAGUACAACAGAAAGGGGAGAAUUUGGGUGGUCUGGAGUCCACAAGUUAGAAUAACCCCGGUUUUCAAGUCAGAUCAGAUCAUAACAAUGUCGGUUUUGCUAGAGGGGAAAGAGGAGGAAUUAUUUUGUUCAUUUGUCUACGCAGAGAACAUUAUGGAGAAAAGGAAAGAAUUAUGGAGAGAUAUCAAAGAUCAUCACGAUUCACAAAUGUUUCGAAAUAGAGAAUGGAUUAUUAUGGGAGAUUUUAAUGAGGUACUUGAUGGGGAAGAGCACUCAAGUUAUCAGGAUUCGGGGUUGAUGACUUCGGGUAUGAGGGAUUUUGAGAGUGUGAUUCAGCAUUGCAGACUUUUGGAUAUGGGUUUUCAGGGUCCAAAGUUCACAUGGUGUAAUAAGAGAGAUGAAGGGACUAUUAGUAAGAAGUUGGAUCGCAUUUUAGUGAAUGAAACUUGGUUGAAUAAGCGUACACAGGCUUAUGGAGUUUUUGAGGCUGGAGGAGUAUCUGAUCAUUUAAGGGGAAGAUUUCAUUUGGAUGUGGAGGUUACUAGGAAAAGAAAGCCGUUUAAGUUUACAAAUGUGGUUGCAGAAACAGCAGAGUUCAAGGAGAUCAUUGCGAACUACUGGAGAGAUACUCAACCUUUGUUUCAAUCAACCUCAGCGCUCUUUAAAUUUUCAAAGUACCUUAAAGGGUUGAAACCUCAUCUGCGAUCUUUAAGUAAGAAUAAACUGGGGGAUCUUACUCAGAAAGUGAAAGAAGCUUUUAGUGAUUUAUGUGAGAAACAAGAAAGAUUGAUGGAAGCUCCUUCUAUGGAAAUGUUCAAGCAGAGUAUGAAGCUGUAGUGAGAUGGCAACGGGUUUCAGAUA